AAGUAAAUUGGAUUACUACAGUUCAGUACAGUUACGUUGAGUUAUUCAAAGGAACAGUGCUUUUUACUUGCAUGUAUACGCAAUGCUUUCUUUAUAAUUUAAUAAUUGAAUGAGUCUGAAUGAUCCAUAGUAAUGUUAACAUAUCUUUUUAUGAUUCACAUAAAAUGAACUGAUUUUAUGCGGAUCCUGUGAUACUAUUAAGGAGAUGAGCUCUCCAUCGGAGGAGGCGUUUGGCCUUGAAGGAGAUGUCCUAGAUGAAAUUUUCUCUGAGUGGGAAGAUUCUGCAACCAACAAAGUCAUCAAUAACAAUCCUGAUGACAUCGAACAUUCUGGAAUUUCAGAGGAGACAAAAUCAAGUCCUGCACCUUCAGACGCCAAACAAAAAGAAAAAGAUGCAUCCUCUUCAGCUUCGACCAGUUUUGAAUAUACAGUUAACAAAGCAGAAUCUUGUAGUGACAUAUGUUUCUCGCCCCUGGAAAAAUUUCGCCCUGGAUAUUUGUGGGUGACCGAUUUGACCAGACAAAUCUGGUGUGAACAGCAGUUGUAUUACACCUUUACUGUGCCUUCUAUAGCAGGGGAGAACCCUGUAAUGACUGCUGGGACAGAUCUUCAUUUGGCUAGAGAAUUAGCGGCACACGAUAUAGUGAAGGUUGAGGUGCAAUCUAGUGAAGAUAUAUGGGCCAUCAAAAUGUUAAAUCUGCACUCGGCCUUGAUUACCUUUCUAACUGGAGGUAAAAUUGCAAGAGAGGUCCCGGUAUUUGGGAAUCCUUUCAAAGAGAAUUUGUUAGUGGUUGGAAUCAUCGACGAGCUACAGUUCGACCCUUCACUUUACACUAUUGAGUUGAAUGAACUAAAAACACGCCAGUCUUCUAGCUUCCCUUCUAAGGCCCAGAAGAAACAGCACAAUUUUCAAGUCAUGCUCUACAAAACGCUGUUUGAUGAUCUCGUAAAGGGAAAAGUUUCGAAAGAGUUCAUGGCGUCUUCGUUACAAAUAGAUCUUCGAAAGGAAUUAGGACAGGCCAUCAAAGAGCACGCUGAGAAGCAGUUCGUAGUCAUUAAGAAUCUCAAUGAUUUAAUGGAUACAAUAUUUCAUAAAAUUCAGACUCUCACUUGUAUCAAUCGAAUUUUCAUCGAAUACGUGCAUCAGGAAUCCAAGCAGACCAUAGGUCACGUGGAAAUAGAAUAUGACGUCAGCGAGAUUUCGGGAUUGUAUAAGCAAUGCGUUCAGUUCUGGAGAGGAAAUCGUUCGUCCGUGGGUGUAGAGAUAGAGGAAGCGUGGAAAUGUCAGAAAUGUAACUUUCAAUCUGUUUGUGAGUGGAGAGAGAAGAAGGCGGCAGAAUGUGAAUUUAAAAACAAGCAGAAUAAAAAGAUCAAAUAACCAUAUAGUCACUACGAUCACAAACAGAAAAGAAAACGCCAGUGGAUUUGACAAACACUACUGGCAGCCUGUCCCAAAAGUUAUUACCUCGCGUGAACCAUAGGCUAAGUACGAGUUUUUGAUCAAGGUUUGACUGCCGUUGUUAUUGUUAUCAUAAACUUUACACAAUUUCGACCUAUUAUCAAGAAACUAAUCAAACUUCAUGAAUAUCAUUCCUACACAAAGGGAUUUUUGGUUGUUGAGAUUUUAGGUUGUUUAGAUUUUAGGUUGUUGAGAUUUUAGGUUGUUGAAAUUUUAGGUUGUUGAGAUGGAGGUUCAUGUUCAUUUUCAAGGGGUGUUGAGUUAGAAUACCCAGAAAUGCUACUAAAAAUCAAUAACACAAUUCACAGAUUUCAAACGUUAUCUUCACCUUUUUUUUUCACAAUUUACACUGUAUUUACAAUUAUUUACAGUAAAAUAAAUGUCAAUGGAAAAAAUCUAACUUACAGCAAUCAAAUUUCAUAUAGCAGUGUCCGUUGAUUACUUACCCUAAGCCGAAUUCACUCAAGAGAAAACGUCUGUUUACAGCGCUGUAGAUAUGGGCCGUUAAUUAAAUCCAGUCCCCAGUACUGUACAUUUUUAAUAUCCAAUAUAAUUCUGCAGAGUGCUUCUUAUCACAAAAUUCACAGUCUAUUUAUACUAAAACAAAUUAUAUUUACAAAUUAUAAACAGAAGGGGUUCAUGUUAGUUCGCCUCAUAACCUCGAGGCCAAGGUGGGGUAUCAGAGGACUUAAAAAGUUUUUACGGUGAAAUAUAUUGAAGAAAUUUUUAUAAAGAUAAUAUUUUCAACAGAAGGUAGGAUACAGUUUAUCAAAUAUAUGUGCAAACACCAAUGUUUUACAUAGGGGUAUUUGAAUUAAAAUACCUCAAGAACAAGGUACAAUUUAUCAAUUUAAUGUUCAAGCACCUCCAUGCAGUGUAGAUUCAAGUUUCUUCAGGUCCUGUGUUUUGGUCCUGGGCAAGGCCACAAUAUCAUAAUACAUUUAACACUUUUAUAUUGCAUUUGUGUAUUUGUGUCUCAAUGAUAUUUCAAUGAUGGGUUUUUUUAUAACGUGAGUGUUUACAUUUCUUUCUUCUGUUCCCAAUUUUAAAUAAAUGAUGUCAUAUUACCCUGUGUGUUUCCUUGGAAAUAGGUUAGAAUGCUUAAAAUUUUAUCGAUCGAUUUGAUGUUUUGUAUCAAAAUUCUCUAGCAAAUGUGUAACGGGAGAUAAUUCCUUUUGUACUUUCAAUAAAUGCCCAUUCGGUGGAAUGGAUUACCUGC